AUGCCCAACCCGCCCACCCCCUCCUCGCCGUCGCCGCUCCCGGCCCCGGCGCGCAAAUCCCCGUCCAGCCGCCGGCGCCAGCGCCUGCUCGCGUCCCCGAAGCCGUCGUCUGCUCCCACCUCCUCGUCCUCGUCGGCCUCGUCGGCGUCGUCUUCCUCCGCCUCCUUCUCCUUCGCCCCCUUCUCCCCGGCGCCCUCGCCGUUCCACCACCGCUUCCUCUCCCCGCUCCGUGCCUCCGCGGUGCCCUUCUCCUGGGAGCACCGGCCCGGCAUCCCCAAGACCCCCGCGCGCGGCGCCGGCGCCCGCAGCAAGUCCGGCGCCCCGUCGCCGCUGCCCCUCCCGCCGUCGCUCUUCUCCAACAACAAGGUGGUCGCCGAGUACUCCUUCGGCGCCGACGGGGCCUACUCCGUCGUCCCCGCGAAGGCGAGGAGGCGCAAGCAGCAGCGGCGGUGGCCGGCGGUGACCGACGCCCUGACCGAGUGGCUGGCCGUGCUGAGCCUCUACCGGUCGUGCACGAGGUCGCGCGACUCCCUCGCCGCCUCAGGCCCGCCGCCGCACCCGCGCCGGUGCUCGCCCUAG